GUCAUUAAUUAUUAUAUUAGUAUUUCAUUGGGAAAACCACAUUAUUUAUCUAAAUAGGUUGUUUUUAUAAUCUCUGUUCAAACAUUGAUGAGUAUAAAAGUAUAAUCGAACAACAAGAUAGCAUCAUUUCAAUUAACUGAAACAGUGAAACAGUAAACAUGAAUUUUAAAGUACUUCUCGCUUUCUGCGUUGUUUUGACAAUAGCAUGUGCACUUCCCCAAACUGGGUGGACUGGGUGGCCACCAACAGGGGCAAUAAACCCUUGGAUACCACCAUGGAUUUCUUCAGCUCCGUGGUACCCGCAGUGGACACCUUGUACUACUGUCGGCAAGUCUUGCCUCGAUUGCUCUACUAAGCUUGUUUGCAUGAAGAUAGGCGGGAUGCAAAAAAUUUGUACCGACCCGACUAUGCCAUACUGCAAUCUUGGAGAGUGUUCUGCAACGCCUUCAGCAGAAUGUGCCCCGCCUGCGGUUCCUGCGUCUGAAUAAAAAUGUGUUCAGUUAAAAUCAUAUAUCUAAAAUAUUAUGUAACAACUUGUAUACUCACCGUGUAAAAUUAACUUGUAAAAUAUAUCUCACUUUAAAAUGUCAAAUAAAUAAAAGUUUUGUUAUUUAAAA